UUUUCUAAUUCUCUUCCAGCCCACUGCACGAUCUAGUGUCGAAUGGAUGAAACAGCUGAGCAGAACAGUUCUUUAGCUGUCGGCCUAAAUGACCAACUUCAUGACCUCUCAAGGUCUCGCUCCCCGGCUGCACGCAGCUCAGCUUCCAACAUUCGGGAAAGGCGUGCCCGGAUCGCGAGGGGCCGCUGGGACCGAGUCCCGGACGUCGCGACGCGCAGGGGGCUGCUGCGGCCGGCGGUCUCGGGACGGAGGCGCCCAAGCAACGUGGGUUUCGGGAACUGUGAAUAUUUCACUUUGCGUAGAGCCCCCUCGGGCAAUGCGACCCAGAACCGAGGGCUUCUUUCCCCCCGCCGGGGCCUCCCUCCCGUUCUCCACUCGGAACAAACAGCCUGCAGUUCCCGCAGCUGCAGCGCGGGCCGCGGAACAUGCGCCGGGAGCGGGGCCCGGGCGGGACUCCGGAGCUGGUACUGCUCCCCCCGCGCUCCGGCGCCGGGCCUCGCCGCGCGGCCUCCUUCCUCCCUUCCUCCCGCCCGGCUCGGCCGGAGGCGGCGGCGGAGGGGCGAGGCGCGGCCCCCCCUCGGCGGCACCUCCUCCCCGGGCAGGCGCGGGCGGAGCCGGGCCCGCCUCAGCCAGCCGCGGCGGGAGCAGCGCAGCGCGGCGCCGCGGGCAUCGAGCUCCGCAUUCGAACCUCCCUCGCAAAGACAGUCUCCGCCCCACAAUGCACCGCGGCGGGCAGCCUUUGAAAAAGCGGCGCGGCUCGUUCAAGAUGGCGGAGCUCGACCAGUUGCCUGACGAGAGCUCUUCAGCAAAAGCCCUUGUCAGUUUAAAAGAAGGAAGCUUAUCUAACACGUGGAAUGAAAAGUACAGUUCUUUACAGAAAACACCUGUUUGGAAAGGCAGGAAUACAAGCUCUGCUGUGGAAAUGCCUUUCAGAAAUUCAAAACGAAGUCGACUUUUUUCUGAUGAAGAUGAUAGGCAAAUAAAUACAAGGUCACCUAAAAGAAACCAGAGGGUUGCAAUGGUUCCACAGAAAUUUACAGCAACAAUGUCAACACCAGAUAAGAAAGCUUCACAGAAGAUUGGUUUUCGAUUACGUAAUCUGCUCAAGCUUCCUAAAGCACAUAAAUGGUGUAUAUACGAAUGGUUCUAUUCAAAUAUAGAUAAACCACUUUUUGAAGGUGAUAAUGACUUCUGUGUAUGUCUAAAGGAAUCUUUUCCUAAUUUGAAAACAAGAAAGUUAACAAGAGUAGAAUGGGGAAAAAUUCGGCGGCUUAUGGGAAAACCACGGAGAUGUUCUUCUGCAUUUUUUGAGGAAGAGAGAUCAGCAUUAAAACAGAAACGGCAGAAAAUAAGGCUCUUACAACAAAGGAAAGUUGCAGAUGUUUCACAAUUCAAAGAUCUCCCAGAUGAAAUUCCUUUGCCUCUGGUUAUUGGAACGAAAGUUACAGCACGAUUACGUGGUGUUCAUGAUGGUUUGUUCACUGGACAAAUAGAUGCUGUGGAUACUCUUAAUGCUACUUAUAGAGUAACUUUUGAUAGGACAGGGCUUGGAACCCAUACCAUCCCUGACUAUGAAGUUCUCAGUAAUGAACCUCAUGAGACAAUGCCAAUUGCUGCCUUUGGACAAAAACAGCGGCCUUCUCGAUUUUUUAUGACCCCACCACGGUUACAUUAUACUCCUCCUCUCCAGUCACCAAUUAUAGAUAAUGAUCCUUUAUUAGGACAGUCGCCGUGGAGAAGUAAAAUUUCUGGCUCUGACACUGAAACAUUAGGUGGUUUUCCAGUAGAAUUUCUUAUCCAAGUGACCAGAUUAUCAAAAAUUCUCAUGAUUAAAAAGGAACAUAUCAAGAAAUUAAGGGAAAUGAACACAGAAGCAGAAAAAUUGAAAUCAUAUUCCAUGCCCAUCAGCAUUGAAUUUCAGCGGAGAUAUGCAACAAUUGUUCUGGAGCUUGAACAGCUGAACAAGGACCUAAACAAAGUUUUGCAUAAAGUUCAACAGUAUUGCUAUGAGCUUGCUCCAGACCAGGGGCUCCAGCCUGCAGAUCAGCCAACAGAUAUGAGACGCAGGUGUGAGGAAGAAGCACAGGAAAUUGUUCGGCAUGCAAAUUCCUCAACAGGACAGCCCUGCGUUGAAAAUGAAAAUCUGACAGACUUAAUUUCCAGGCUUACAGCUAUUUUGUUACAAAUUAAGUGUCUAGCAGAAGGAGGAGACCUGAAUUCCUUUGAAUUCAAAUCACUUACAGACUCAUUAAAUGAUAUCAAGAGUACAAUAGACGCUUCUAAUAUCAGUUGCUUUCAGAAUAAUGUAGAAAUCCAUGUUGCACAUAUUCAGAGUGGCCUGAGCCAGAUGGGAAACUUACAUGCCUUUGCAGCAAAUAACACCAACAGAGACUGAGUAAAGAUUUCAUUAUUCCAACUGCACGGGACAUUGUUUUUGAGAAGUUCUUUUCCUUUAUAUAGGCUUCCAACACCAAAUAACCUAACUGCUGGAAAACAAGGGAAAUUUAAAUCUCCAAAUAAGGCAUUUUAAUAGACUGUACUGCUUCUUAAACCAGCAUUGCUGACCAGCAUUAUAUUUAUUUUUCUUUUAUUAUUCAGAUGCAGUAGCAUUGCUUAUGUUACAUAUGUUUAUAUUCACAAAUAUUUUUAAACUGAAAUAUCUGAACAUAAUAUAAUUUCGUGGAAGAAUACAUUGACCAUUUUUUUUAAUGUGCAUGAAUUCACCGAAACACAUGCAGACAACUGCUGCAAUGGAGAGUAUGAAGAAACCUGGUCUUUUUAUUCAUGUCGGUGGCAGUGUGGAAAUUCCAUCCAGAAAAUUACAACUCCACUUGAUUUAGUUGAUCACCAUCUCAAUCUUCAAAAGAUAACAUCAUGAGGUGUGGGAAGUCCUAGUUUUAAGGAAACCACUGAAAUAUAGAUGGGAAAUGUGGACUUUACAAGUAUAUGUUAUAUAUACUUGCAAUGUGACAUGGUUCUGUAGAUCAUUUUAUAAUAAUAAAUAUUUUAAUUUAUCAUAACUUAUAUAAAAGAAACCUUUGUUGUUUGUUGAAAGAAAAUGAAGGAACGGGGGAAAAAAGGUGCAAAAUGCUAAAUUUCUAAAAAUGGAUUUGGCAUGUCUUCCCAUCAGUUCAGGUCAAAAGUGCAUUGUUAUGAGAUUUAUUUUAAAAAAAAAUGAUAACACACUAUUUUCAUAUUUUUUUGUUUAUUUGCACAACUUUUAAACCAGAUUACUGGUUAAAAUCCAACAGUACACAAUUUAUAAAGUAAAAAGAUUUUAUAAGGAAAACAAAUAUAAUAACCAGUGCUGUGAAAUGCAGAAGAAAGGCUUGUUUUGGUUGUUUUUCUUUUUUAGGAAAACCCUGCCUAAAAUGUUAAUCUUGUAAAAAGUAUGUAUUUGGAAUUUUCUUCAUUUUAAUAGAAUAUUAUAAAGUCAAAAUAUAAAUUUUUUUCAAAUUUGGAGUUUAAGAUAUAGCUGUAGAGGUGGUUUUAAUUCCUUUAGAUGUCUCAUAAAAUGAGACUUUUUAUAUGUUAAUGUAUAAUAAAACUGAAACAAGAUUAUUUUCCAUUUGAAAUUUUUGUAUAGUUUAAAAAGGCUUCCGUAUUCUUUGUUGGUAUUGUGCCACUGCAGAACUUUAGUGCAGAGUUUAUAUUUAGCUAAACUGUUAUGUUAAUUAAGAAAUGCAUAAAUCUUCUAUUCUUAAUAUUUGUAAUUCUAAAUAAAUUGAUCUAUGAAAAUUA